AUGGCCGACGAAGUUUACGAAGGUGCCAUCGGCAUUGAUCUUGGAACCACCUACUCUUGUGUGGCCAACUACGAGGGUACCAAUGUUGAGAUCAUUGCCAACGAGCAGGGUAGCUACACUACCCCAUCCUUCGUUUCUUUCACCGACAAGGAACGCUUGAUCGGUGAAGCCGCGAAGAACCAGGCCGCUAUGAACCCUACGAACACCAUCUUUGACAUCAAGCGUCUUAUCGGUCGGCGGUUCGAGGACCCCAUUGUCAAGAAGGAUGUUGAGUCCUGGCCCUUCAAGGUUGUUGAUCAGGGUGGAAACCCCGUGGUUGAGGUCGAGUAUCUUGGCGAAACCAAGACUUUCAGUCCCCAGGAAAUUUCUUCUAUGGUUUUGAUGAAGAUGAAAGAGGUUGCCGAAACCAAGCUCGGAAAGAAGGUCGAGAAGGCAGUCAUCACCGUGCCCGCUUAUUUCAACGACAACCAGCGCCAGGCUACUAAGGAUGCUGGUGCCAUUGCUGGUCUCAACGUGCUCCGUAUCAUCAACGAGCCCACUGCAGCAGCGAUCGCUUAUGGCCUUGGCUCCGGCAAGUCUGAUAAGGAGCGUAACGUUCUCAUCUACGAUCUUGGUGGUGGUACUUUCGAUGUGUCUCUCCUUAACAUCCAGGGUGGUGUCUUCACUGUCAAGGCUACUGCUGGAGAUACCCACCUUGGUGGUCAAGACUUCGAUACCAACCUCCUGGACCACUUCAAGAAGGAGUUCCAGCGUAAGACUGGCAAGGACCUCUCCGGUGACGCGAGAGCCCUCCGUCGUCUCAGAACCGCCUGCGAGCGUGCUAAGCGUACUUUGUCCAACGCUACCCAGACUACUGUGGAAAUCGACUCUUUGUUCGAUGGCGAGGACUUCAACUCUUCUAUCACUCGUGCUCGUUUCGAAGACCUGAACGCCAAGUCUUUCUCGGGUACUCUCGAGCCUGUGCAGCAGGUUCUCAAGGACUCUGGCCUUGAGAAGAGCAAGGUCGAUGAGAUCGUCCUCGUUGGUGGUUCCACCCGUAUCCCUCGUAUCCAGAAGCUGCUUAGCGACUUCUUCGAUGGCAAGAAGCUUGAGAAGAGCAUCAACCCCGAUGAGGCCGUUGCCUAUGGUGCCGCCGUCCAGGCCGGUAUCUUGUCUGGAAAGGCUUCUUCGGCUGAAACCCAGGACCUCCUCCUGCUUGAUGUCGUUCCCCUUUCUCUCGGUGUUGCUAUGGAGGGUAACAUCUUCGCUCCUGUUGUGGCCCGUGGUCAGACUGUCCCUACGAUCAAGAAGCGCACUUUCACCACCGUUGUCGAUAACCAGACAACCGUGCAGUUCCCCGUUUACCAGGGUGAGCGUACCAACUGCGCUGACAACACCUCUCUGGGAGAGUUCACCCUCGCUCCCAUCCCCCCCAUGAGGGCUGGAGAGGCCGCUCUCGAGGUCGUUUUCGAGGUUGAUGUCAACGGUAUCCUCAAGGUUACUGCUACCGAGAAGUCCUCUGGACGUAGUGCCAACAUUACCAUCUCCAAUGCCGUCGGCAAGCUUUCCACCACUGAGAUUGAGCAGAUGAUUGACGACGCUGCGAAGUUCAAGUCUAGCGAUGAGGCUUUCACCAAGAAGUUCGAGUCUCGCCAACAGCUCGAGUCCUACAUCUCGCGUGUUGAGGAGAUUGUUUCCGACCCCACCAUGUCGCUGAAGCUGAAGCGUGGCAACAAGGAGAAGAUCGAAUCGGCACUCAGCGAUGCCAUGGCUCAGCUUGAGAUCGAAGACUCGACUCCUGAAGAUCUCAAGAAGAAGGAGCUUGCUCUCAAGAGACUCAUCACCAAGGCCAUGGCCACUCGGUAA